AUGAGACGAUCAAUCAUUGGGAUUCAAGCGAUGCCAAUCGUGAGACUAGAUACCCUCGGAUUGAAAGCCAGUAUAUUCGAAUCAGACCAGGACGAUAUUCCAUCUGGAAAUGCCUGCGUUGAUACUGAUCGGUCUCACAGUCUCGGAAUUAAGAUCCCUGGUCCUCAAGAGAAUGAAGAACCUGCCAGCCCUGUCGCUGAAAUGCCUCAUGCUUGGGAUAAUGGGAUGGCUAAUAUAGUUGAUGACCUUGAGUUUGUUGAUGCAAGGCCUCAUGUUCCGGGAAGUAUCCCGGGUUCUCAAGGGGGAAGUGAAUCUGCAAGCAAUACAGCUGUGGAUCUUCUUGUUGUGGGUCUAGACUCUAUACAGGGUUGUGAAGAUCAUAAUAAUGAUUUCAACCAUGAGAGCAAAGAACUCAUUGAAAGUUCACCUCACGAAGGCGUUGGUCUUUGUAAUAAGAGUGAUACUGAAGAUGAGAAUGUUCUCAGUCAGGACUCGUCCGAAUGGGAAGGCCUUUCUGAGGGGGAUGAGGUCCUUGACGAGAGCGAUCAUGAUGAUAGCGACCAUCUCGUUGAAUCCGAACGUCCUGAAGUAGAUGAGCCAGCUCGCUCAUUGUCAGACACAGAUGUUGUUUGGCGUCAAAGUCAGAGACGUUCAUUUGCUCAAUUACUCUGCAAUGCUAUAACGUACCUUGUAACAUGGGCACAGAAUAACCAAAUUUCUGGUAGUGGUCAGCCAAUAAACAUAGGUUUCUGGGGCUGUCUUCGUAGGGCAUCUGUAGAUGAGUUGGUAGAUAUGUAUCUUCCAACAAUUACUAAUGAUGUCCAAUUGCUAUCUGAACAAGAGAGUUGGUCAGCAAAUGACCUCCUCGAUCUUGUUUCAGAAUCCUCCGUAGAUGGCUCGAUGGGUGUGUAUGCCAAUUUCUUCCUAUGCGAGCAUUGCAAUAAGGAAAGAAUUACGGGAUAUAUUGGUUCCACGAAUGAUUUAUAUAAGCGAAUCAAGGAACAUCUAACAAUGGCACGGGACUAUACACCGCAGACGCUUCCUAAAAGUGAAAAAAAUCCGAAGCAUUACAAGUUCUUCUGUCACGAAGAUGUUCAGCCAAAUAUCACGCCUAUUGCUAUUUUUGAAGACUGUUCAAUUGAGAAGGGCUACUUAAUUUUACUUGAAGGGAUUUUUAUGAUCCUUUUUCGUACAUGUAAAUGGCGUGGCUAUGAAGGGAAACAUCAUCCAAAGGUGAUGGACACUCUUAUCGAUGAUAUAGCGCAAUCAUUGAAGAUUAAAUCUUCCUUUAUCUGGAGCACAAACCUAGACUGGCCUAUAAAUAGACUAUUUCCACAUCCUGCUUUUUCUAACGCAUCGCGGUGUGCGGAUUCAACUUGUAAGAGGAUGACUUGCCCUAAAGUAGCUAUGCGCGACUGGGACCGAAAGCCGCGGCGUUGUUCUCUAGACCCAGCAGAUCCCUCUGAGGGACUUCUUUGCGAAUCUUGUUAUGAUUUUCGGAAUCGCAAAGGAGAACUUCCUGAUAAGGCUACUGUAGAAUACCGUGUCGCUAAAAGAGCAGUCCGAAGAAACCCACAGGGAAGUACCUGUGAAGUCUGUGGGACUCCUGCGAUACUAGGCACAAAGCGUGAAACUCGCGGAUGGAUUACUUAUGUAUAUAGUCUAAAUAUAGCUCUUUCCAGCGCAUACGAGGACUAUUAUAAAAGACAUAGCGAGCAUCGUAGUAGACUUCUUCAAAGAAAAGAUGUCAAGAAGUUCUGUGGAAAUUGUAGGACUCCUGCGAUACAAGGCACAAGGAGAGGUACUCGCGGAUACAUUGGGUAUGCGAGUAGGGCAAAUAUGCCUAGGACGAGUAAACAAAUAAAAAUCAUUGGCAAUCCUCACUGACGUACCACCCAGUUUGUUGAAAAAAACUAUGAGUCUCACCUUGUUGGCGAAAAUGCCAAAAGCUAUAUAGUGACAUGCUUCAAGUGAACAGCUUGCAUAGAAAUUUUAAGCCUGCCAUGGACCUUAAGAUAAAGGACUAGCUGUAGAAAUGUGACAGAUAGGUCACGAGAAUUGCCAUUGGUCGGAUCUGUUUCAUUAUGGGUUGUUUGCUGAUUAACUUGCCACGUUCCUGUAGUCAACCCACGCUCCUACUUAAAGGUUCU